CAGGAUGGCAUGGGAGCCUCCCAUGAGUUGCCACCGAAGGUGGCGCUGGACCCGCUCGCCGCGGGCGCAGGCACGGACGCGGCGCUCGACGUCACCUUCGGUCAGUUCGUCUCGCGCCAGCGCGGCUACGACCACUACGUGCGCCUGUGCGCGGGGACCUGCCGGGUGCUGGAGGUGGCCUCGGGCGUGAUCGGGGUGCCCACCGACCACCUGCUCGUUGCCGCCAUUGCUGCGGCGUUCGGGCAGACUGCGCGCAUCGGCGAGGUGAAGCUCAGCCUCAUCGCGCAGAUGCGGGACGGGCCCGGCGAAGGGCAGGUGGUCGCCAACCUGGCCUCCGCGCGGCACCUGAGCCUCUGGAUCGGCGGCGGCCGCUCCCUCCUCUCGCUCGCCCUGCACCUGUCGGCACGCCUGCGGCAGCGGCAGUGGGGCCUCUCGGACCUGGUCAACCAGGACUGCGACGGCGUCUUCAUCAACGUCCGCGGCCUCCCAGGGUUCGAUGGCGCCAGGCCGGUGAUCGAGCCCGUCGACGUGACGCGCAGGGCAACGAAGUUCGUCAAGAACGCGGUCGAGAUGUGCGCGGAUCAGGAGAAGCCCGACCAGUGGACUAUCUGGAUGGGUGCCCGCAUCGAGUUCGACGGGGCGCGGUUCGCCCGCGAGAUGCGGAGGGCCAUAUGGGGGUUCGCUGUGGACCCGUUGCAGUCGUUCUGCACGGACGUAUCAGCUGAUACGUUGCCAGUGUGGGCUGCGGUGUAAAAAGCAAAGGGCGUAUUUUCAGCUAGUUAAGCCAAACAUAUCAUCUUGCAUUGGGACUCCAAUCAGCAAGGUAUUGUAUUGUGGAUGAGAACUAUAUGGUGCAAGCUAUGUCGUGUGUAAGCUGUGGGGUGCGAUCAAUGCGGUGGAAGCUGUACGGUAUCAGCUAUGCGGCGCAAGCUAUUCGGUGUAUGCUUUGUGGUGCGAGCUACGCUGCGUAAGCUAUGAUGUGCACGCACGCUCUCGAUCUACAAGGCAUGGCGUGUCGCGGCCGCCGCAGCGGCACGCUGUGCACGGAUUGCUGACUGGAAGCUGGGUGGCGCGAGCAGUCUGGUGCAAGCAAUGCGGCGCAGGCUGUGUGGUGCAAAGGCUGUGCGGCGCAAGGACUGCUGGGCCAGCCGUGCGGCCGCCGAGCCCGCGAGGCACCCAGCGGCGCAGGCUACGCGGUGCGAGCUGGGCGGUGCAGGGGCUGCUGGGCCAGCCGUGCGGCCG